CAUUUAGGUCAUCGUGAAAAAGUGGCCGCCCCUCCUCCAAACCCUCGCCCUAUAAAUUUUUGCUGUCCAUAACUCUGCAAGUCCCUCGCUCGCUCUAAGCUUCCCUGUAAACCAGUGAUUUAUAAAUCGUUGUUUGGAGCGAUCCGGGAGCUUGUUUCUGCCGUCAUCAUGUUGGUCUAUCAGGAUUUACUCAGCGGUGUGUUUCUUUUUUCCUUUACUUUUUCUUCCUUUAUAGUUUGUGCAUAAAAAUCUAAUCUUUAUACGUUUUUGUUUGAUUUUGAUUGGAGUUUGUUUCAGGGUUGAGCUGGGUUUUGGAUUUGGUUAUUGAUUUUUGAUGGGUUUUGGUCGUUAUUGAUUUAUUACUAUAGAUCUGGAUUUGACUUGAGGAUUUGUAUAUUUUAUGGGAUUUUGAUGCUUAAUUGGCUUAUUGUUCGAUGCUUUUCAAGUGUUUGAAUUCAGACUUGAUUUGGUUUUGUGUUGCUUUGUUUCGUCUGGAGGUAAAAAAAAAUUCAGACUUUUUUGGUCUGUUGCUCUUGAUUUGCUUUUCUAGUAUAGAGGCAGUAGAGAAUUUUCAUUUGGUUAUUUGAUAUAUUGCCUCAAUGAUUCUCUUCAGUUAACUUCAACUAAGUUUAUUUAUUAUUUAUUAUGCUAUCAAGUUGAUUUUUUAAGAAAAAAUUUGUGAUAAAUGUGUUUAGAUGCCAAUUGCUUUGGCUUCUAUGUAUCAUCUAGAAAUUUUUGUUUCUGAAUGUGUUAACAUAGCAGGUCCAUGAUUGAAGUAAGCAAUUGUUUUAAAGAUCUCUUUAUGUUUGAGUAAUUUAUCUUGAAUGGUUUCUUUGGUAUUUGUGUGUAUUUGUCUUACAGUUUUGAGUUAGUUUCUGGUCUAAGAGUUUACCUUUUGCUCUCUUUCUGGUCUAAAAUUAAGCAAGUAUACUUUGUAGUGCCUGACUUAUCUGAAUAUUUGUGUAGGUGAUGAGCUUCUCUCGGACUCGUUUCCUUACAAGGAGCACGACACUAAGAUCCUAUGGGAAGUUGAGGGAAAGGUGAGAAAUUUUUCUUUACUUGCGUUGCAGUAUGAAUACCCCUGGAUAUCAUACUAAUCCUACUUAACGUUGGAAGUAUCCUCACUUAUAGUCUUGAAUGUCAUUGCUUGUGUUUUUAUCAAUGAUAUGUUUCUUGUCUUUUGACACAACAUAAAAUCUUUUAUGUGCCAGUGGGUUGUUCAAGGAGCCGUACAGGUGGACAUUGGUGCCAACCCUUCUGCAGAAGGUGCUGACGAAGAUGAGGGAGUCGAUGAUCAGGCUGUGAAGGUGGUUGACAUUGUUGACACAUUUAGGCUCCAGGAGCAACCCGCAUUCGACAAGAAGCAGUUUGUGGCAUACAUCAAGAAGUACAUCAAGUUGUUGACACCCAAGUUGGAUGAAGAGAAUCAAGAGCUCUUUAAGAAGAACAUUGAGGCUGCAACCAAAUUCUUGCUCUCCAAGCUCAGUGACCUCCAAUUCUUUGUUGGGGAGAGCAUGGGAGAUGACAGCUCCUUGGUAUUUGCUUACUACAAGGAAGGAGCCACUGAUCCAACUUUCUUGUAUUUUGGCGUUGGUCUGAAGGAAGUCAAGUGCUAGGAAAAGCCAAGACCCUUUCCUUCUAGUCUUUUUAAGAGAUUAUGUUGUUUGCUGUAGUUUUAGUUCUUGUUACUGCAUUUUUGAUCCUUGUACUUGGUACUUGUUGAGAUUUUCAGGCUUUGCUACUGAAUUAUUGUCCCCGGAUCCUAUGAUUUAUGCCAUAAAUUUCCUACAAGAAGACCCCAUUGCAUGACUUUGUGUUAUGUUUUUACCUUUUCCAAUCCAUUUACUCAAGUGGUAUGCUAGGAAACUUGAAGUUGUGAAGAUCUGUUGACCCACGGCCACGGAAUUGUCCAGGAUUUUGUCAUACAGAAUAAAUAAACAAUAGAGCGAAUAUUAAAGGUUUAAUAUUAAUUGUGGAUCUGACCAACAUAUGAUGCCACAGAAUAUUCCAAGCAACAGAUGCCUGAUGAAGCAAUAUGUGUUUCGGGCGUUUCUUUUGGGCAUUUAAUAUUAACUCUGGAUUUAGUGUUGUGUUUUUGGUUUCUUCAUAAUCAUCACAGAGCAGUGAGCGUGGUGAGAACAAUGGUCACUA